GUUCCGGGGUAGCUGCUCUAAUCCAUUGACUUUUGACUAGUGGGGACAUUUAAUUUGGUAACGUAAAAGCCAAUUUUUUAGAGAUUAGAAUUGGCAAUAUCCAAACAGGCGCGUAUGAGGUCUGUAGACACAAUUCAUCCUUCCUGCAUGAUUUUGUGUUCAUCCUAUUGCUUGUGAUAAUGGCAGCAGAGAUGGGAAUUGUGAGAAAAAUCCUAAUAAGCUAUGCUUAUGUUGGGCUAUGGAUAUUCUUGAGUUCUACAGUCAUACUAUUCAAUAAAUUCAUUUUGGACAAGAAGUUGUACAAUUGGCCCUUUCCAAUAAGCCUCACCAUGAUUCACAUGGCCUUUUGUUCUGUUCUUGCUUUUGCAUUGGUUGGUGUGUUCAAGAUUGUUAAGCCUGUGGGCAUGACAAAGAAAAUAUAUGUUUCUUCAGUGAUACCCAUUAGUGCACUCUAUUGUUUGAGCCUAUGGCUAUCAAAUUCUGCCUAUAUAUACCUGUCUGUGUCCUUUAUCCAGAUGCUCAAGGCCCUCAUGCCUGUUGCAGUCUAUUCCAUUGGAGUUCUGUUAAAGAAGGAAUCAUUUAGUUCUAAAACAAUGACCAACAUGGUUGGAAUCUCUGUAGGGGUUGGCAUUGCUGCAUAUGGAGAGGCACUGUUCAAUACGUUGGGGGUCAUGUUGCAGCUGGGUGCAGUUGUUUUUGAAGCAACAAGGUUAGUUUUGAUUCAGAUACUUCUGACUGCCAAUGGGAUUACACUGAAUCCCAUUACUACAUUGUAUUAUGUUGCACCUUGCUGUUUUGUGUUCCUGUGUAUUCCUUGGGCUAUAGUUGAGUACCCAGUUUUAAUAGCCUCUUCUUCCUUUUAUCUUGAUUUUAAACUCUUUAGUGCCAAUUGUCUAUGUGCCUUUCUGCUUAACUUGGCAGUGUUUCUUCUUGUGGGUAAAACAUCUGCCCUAACAAUGAAUGUUGCAGGGGUGGUGAAGGAUUGGAUUCUUAUUGCUAUUUCAUGGUCUGUGAUUAAGGAUAGAGUUACUGGGGUUAAUUUGAUCGGGUAUUUUUUGGCAUUUUUGGGGGUUUGUUUCUACAAUCAUUUGAAAUUGCAGUUAUUUAAUGCUAAGCAAUCUGAGAAAAGGGUCUUAGAUGGAGAGAAAGAAGCAAACAGUUUACUGGAAGAAAGCCCUCAUGCACAGAGCGAAGGCAAUCAUGAUACCGGAUUCGGUGAUAGAAAUGUUUAGAGAUCCCAAAGCCCAGAUGUGAUUCUCGUUGGAUGCUCAGUCCAGGUUCUCAUCAGAUCCUGAAUCUAAGGAGGGCCAGCAGCUUAGCGGUAGAACGCCCAUAUGUGACUCUGUAUAUUGACAGAAGCCAUCAACAGAAUUUUGGGUAUUUCCAUUUUGGAAACUGGAUUCUUGAUUUCUUGUAAGCAAUCUAUGUUUGAUAAAUGUAUUUCUCAAUUUUUUAUUACCCACAUAAACUUUGAGUAUUGCAUUUGGUUCUUUUACAUUUGCUAAUUUCAACUGUGGACUCUUGGAGAUUGGAGCAGCUACAAAAUUUUAAUCUGAAAUGAUUGAGAUUUCCCAUUUCA